AUGCCACAAACUAGCGAUAAGGUUGAAGUUCCCGAUGCCAUACUGGAAAACGAAGUAGUAGGCUAUGGCAUCUCGUCCUGGGUCUUGCGGUUCGACGCUGUAGCAAAAUGCUACUUGUCCACCGAGCCACACUUACGAGAGAGGGAAAUCGCUGUCUACGAGCGCCUGACGCCUCCCGAUGCCGAGCCUCACGAUGCCAUUCUUCCCUUUUAUGGAGUUCUGGACGGGCGGAGUGUACUUCUCCAAUUCGCGCGGAAUGGCUCCAUCAGACAGUAUUACGCGAAACACAACCACGAUACCCCUUUACAUACUCGCCUCCAUUGGGCAGAGCAGAUUACUACUGCCAUCGUCUUCCUCCUAUCAAAAGGCGUUCUCCACGGCGAUAUAUCAUGCAACAACGUCUUUAUAGACGAAGCCCUUGACGCUAAGCUCGGAGAUUUUGCGGGUUCAUCAAUCGACGGACUGCCAUUCUUGACGGUGUAUGAGACUAGCCACAGUCUCCCUGAUAAUUCAUCCGUGUCGGUAAAGCGAGAAAUCUUUGCCUUAGGCUCAACAUUCUACGAGAUAAUGUCAGGCCAUCGGCCAUUUGAUGGCAUGGGCGAUUGCGAGGUUGAGAGCUUGUUUAGACAGGGGCGUUUCCCAGAUCUGCAACAGUUACGAGCAUUAGGCACAGUUAUUUCCAAGUGCUGGGACGGGAAAUACAGCAUCGUGGAAGACAUUUUGCAGGAAAUCAAACAAGAGCGUGGUCGACUCAGCUCUAUGGCAUCCAGAGACAAGCGUACGCGCAGCUUUUCAGUCGAAGGUCCUCUCAUGCUUGCCCUAUUCGCCGUCCUGCCUAUUGCAUUGUUGAUCAGGUAUCGCAAAUAA